UCUGACAAACACAUCUCUUGCUCCUUAAUGAAUCUAAAUUAAUCUGAAUUGGAAACAUUUUGGUGGAAUGUCUUUCAGGCAUUCAAGAUUCGGUGGAACCUUCGCCGUCAAGAAUUUCAAGUUGAUUAGCGAGAACGACCUGAUAUACCACAAGUCAAAAUGCGAAAUGGAGGACAUUUAUCUCCAUGCGAACAAGCGACCAAAGAAGAAAGCGAAAAACCGAAAGCCCCUGAUCGAUCGGGAGGUCAAACGGCGCUCGACACUCAGUAUUCGACUGGGUCUGAAAGAACUCUGCAUACAGUUCCUUGAGAACUGCUAUAAUCAUCUCAUGUACGCUGUCAAGGAUGUGCUGAACCGUGAGAAGUCCCAAGAACACGAUGAGACGUACUAUCUAUGGGCAAUGAGGUUCUUCAUGGAAUUCUGUCGCCUGCACAGCGGCAAAGUGGAUCUUGUCAGUGAGACGAUGUCUGUGCAGGCUUUCCACUACAUACAGGUUCAAUUGUUCAGCUACUAUGAGAUGCAGAUGAUGGAAAAGAAGGAGGCUAUUGUCUGGGGAAAGAGGACUCACCUGGCGUUGAAGGCCUACCAGCAGCUGCUGCUGACCUUGGACUCCAUGGACAGGGCGGGCAACCCAGUGCUGAUGGAAAGUUCAAAGGUCCUUAAGAAUUAG